AUGAGAACUAAUCAGGGAUCUAAUAAUGAUCUUCUUAAUAGAAACAACCAAGGAAGAAGAGAAAUCGAUUAAUUGAUCAGUACCUCUCCGAAUGGAUGGAAAGAUCCUACUGUCUAAAAUACUUCAGGAUAUGUUUCUAGAGAAAAAUACAAUAAACUCAAGGAUCUCAACUCUAAAUUGAAAUCGACUUUAAAAGAGUAUAUUCAAGACACCAAGGACAAAGAAAGACAAUUAUAAAUGAAAGAAGAACAAUUAAUUAAGUAUGAAAAAGAAAGGGUCGACUCCUAAAAUAAAGGCAAUGAGGAACUCAAAACAUAACUAAAUGAGUUAAAAAUUAAAUUGUAAAAGAAAAAGACUAAAAUCAGGUUACUCAAGGAAUAAUCAAAAACCAUUGAUUCUCGGUUGGACGAUAAGUAAUCCAAUUAUCAAGUCGAAUUCGAUAGAGUGUAACGUAUGUAUGAUUCCUAAUUAAAUGAAAUAAAAGAACAAGAAAAAAGAUAUUUGAUUUUAAAAGAUGAAAAUAAUAUAUUAAAACAAGCCUUAUAAUCAAAAGAAGAUUAAUGCAGAUAUUUCGAAAUGGGAGCUCAAGAUGAUAGGUAACAUUUACAAUUAUUGGAAUAAAAAAUCAAAGAAUUAUAAGAAGAAAAGAAAAUAUUAUAAAUAGCAAUUGACAAUUAAACAACUAAAAUUGAUGAAACAGAAAAGUUCAUCAAGUUAAAUGAUUCACGUCAUUAAUAAGAAAUCAUUAAAAUUGAAUCAGAAAAAUAACAACUUCAAAAUGAGUAUCUUUCAUAAAUUACUUAAAAAAAAGACAAAGGCAAAUCCUUUUAGCUUCAAAUCUAAUUAUUAGAAUAAUAACUAGCUCAAUAAUAAAAAGAAGAACUAUCAUUUAGUAAAAUCGUUUAAGGAUAAAAACAGGAUUACUUAAGGUUGCAAUCAUAACUUGAGGACUAAAAAUAUAAGACUGACUAGGCUUUAAAGGAAACAAGUUUUAAAGCCUAAGAAGUUAAGGAAUUGAAAUUGAAGUUAGAAUCUCAAAAAUCGAUAGUCUAAACUUAUGAGGAUAAAUUAGCUUAAUAUGAUAUCUAAUAUUAAUUAGAUUAAAAUGAAAAAUAAUAGAUGUUAUUUGAUAUUAAUCAAAUUGAUUAGGAAAAUAAGAAGUUGUAGCAUCUACUCUAUGAAUCUGAUAAAGAUAUAUCAUACUUAAAAUAAUAACAUGAAGAUGAUUUACGUUAAAUUGAAAGAAAAAUAGAAUCUUUGAUUCGUUAAUUAAAUGAAUCUAAGGAAGAGAUAUAAGAAUAAAAAAAAUUAAUCUAAGAAUUGAAAAAACAAAUUAUCUCUAGCGAUGAAUAAGCAAAUGUUUUUAAAAACAAAUAUUUAAAGGUUAAAUAAAACUAAAAAACAUUAUAAUCAGAAUAAAAAUAUUUAGAGGAAAAAGUCAAAUUGAUAGAAAGUGAAAGAAUUUUUGAAGAAAAGGAAGCUUUAAAAACUAAAGAUUAUGCCAUAUAAUAGAGAUCAGUCUAGUAAAGCAAAAUCAGAGUACUUGAUGAAAUCUAAAGCAUGAUCAAACAACAUAAAAAAAUUACAAGUUGA